AUGUCCUCCCACUACACGCGCCCUCGCGCUGACAGCCGCCCCCUCUACUCCGCCGCCAACAGCCGCGACGCCUCAAUGGACGAAGAAGAAUUCCUCCGCCGACGCAGCGACAUGUACCGCCGCGGCAGCAACAUGUCCGAGGCCAGCUUCCUCGCGGACGUGGAUAUGGCGCAGGACGAGAUGUUCUCGGGUCCGAUGAGCGAGUCGGUGCCUACGGCUACGAGCACUUUCGCGUAUCGCAGAUCGCGGCGGGACUCGGACGCGGAUUUUGAGUUUUAUGAUGAGGAGUUGGAUGCUGAUGAGAGUUUGGAGGAGGCGAUCGAGGAGGAGGAUGAGCUGGGGGCUUUGGAGAGGCAGGGGAGUUUUGAUGCUUCGGAUGCUUUUAUGGAGCCCGAGGUAGACUUGGAAGAGGAGGGGCAUGUAGGGAACGGGUACGAGGUUAGGAAUGGACAUGUCAGGAGGGAGAGCCGGCUGGAGAGGAAGAGCUCGGGGGUGUCCAAGAGCUCGAGGGGAAGCAGGACGUCGGCGGACACGCCCCUGUUGAGGCGGCAUCAUUCUGGUGGGAGUGAUGCUAGUGGAUUCCGGACCGGUGGCAGGGUGAGCCAGAAGAUUUAUAUCUUGACGGAGGAUAUGACGAUUGUGGUGGCCGGGUUCAAGACAUCGUUGUUCGGCUUUGCGCUGUACCUGUGUGUGUGCUUGCUCACUGGAGGGCUGGGAUACUUGCUCUUGCGGUGGCUGCCGAAGUGGUAUGUCAAGCUAGUGGGCCGAACUACGCAGCUCGCGAAGUGCGACUGGGUCGUCAUCGAGAACCAAUGGGGUGAGAUGAUCGUGCAGGAUAUGCAGAAGCAAGUCUUCGGUCAGUCGCUAUCAUCUGUGUUUGGCCAGAGCGAGAGGAACAAGAUGAUGGACUACGAUGAGUACGACGACCCGAUCAUGGACGAGCUCCGUAUCCUAGACUACCGCUACAUCCGGUUCUGCUUCCACCCGCUGAAAGACAAGUUCGUGUCUGGCAAUGUCUGGAAAGACCCCACAUGGUCGAACAUGGAUGCUCUCACCACAGUUCGCGCUGGUAUCGACAGUGACGAGCAGGAGAACCGGGAGCGCAUCUUCGGGAAGAACGAGAUCAACAUUGAGAUGAAGACCACCACUCAACUACUGAUGGACGAGGCUUUCCACCCGUUCUAUGUCUUCCAGAUUGCCAGUAUCCUCCUAUGGAGCAUGGACGAAUACUACUACUACGCCGGCUGCAUUUUCGUCAUCUCAGUGGCAAGCAUCACGACUACGCUCAUCGAGACAAAAGCGACCAUGAAGCGAUUACGGGAGAUCUCGAGAUUCGACUGCGACAUCCGCGUGCUACGAUCUGGGUUCUGGCGUUAUGUUGAAUCGAGUGAGCUGGUACCAGGUGAUGUCUACGAAGUCACAGAUCCCAAUCUUGGCCAGUUCCCGUGCGACAGCCUGUUACUUUCUGGCGACUGCAUCGUGAACGAGAGCAUGUUGACUGGCGAGUCUGUACCGGUAUCCAAGACACCUGCCACAGACGAGACACUCGAACGCAUCAGUCUGAGUGCUAGUGCCAUUCACGCCGACGUCGCCAAACACAUGCUCUUCAGCGGCACCAAGAUUAUUCGCGCUCGAAGGCCACAAGAUGCCGACAUCAACCAGGACGAAGAAGCGGCGGCUCUUGCUUUGGUGGUCCGAACCGGCUUCAACACGACAAAGGGCGCUCUGGUACGGUCGAUGCUGUUCCCUAAGCCAUCCGGCUUCAAGUUCUACCGCGACUCAUUCCGAUACAUCUCGGUCAUGGCAUGCAUUGCCGGCAUUGGCUUCAUUGCUUCGUUUAUCAACUUCAUUCGGCUGGGUCUGGAGUGGCACCUGAUUAUUGUCCGAGCCUUGGAUCUGAUCACCAUUGUCGUGCCUCCUGCGCUGCCCGCCACGCUCACCAUUGGCACGAACUUCGCUCUGGGUAGGCUGAAGCAGAAAAACAUCUUUUGCAUCAGCCCGCAGCGUGUUAAUGUCGGCGGUAAGCUGGACGUCAUGUGCUUUGACAAGACUGGCACGUUGACCGAAGACGGGCUGGACGUGCUUGGAGUAAGAGUUGUGAGCCGGCCAGCCAACAGAUUCACUGACAUUCUCACGGAUGCUUCUGCGCUACUGCCGGGCGCGACGUACGAGCGGGAUCCUACUUACGACUACAAUGCCAACAAAGCGAUCUUGUACACCAUGGCAACCUGCCACAGCUUACGUAUCGUGGACGACGAGUUCAUUGGCGAUCCUCUGGACUUGAAGAUGUUCGAAUACACCGGUUGGCAGUACGAGGAAGGCACGGAACGUGGUGCGGGCAACGCAACGGAGGACGAGGACGACCACUCGCUGUCGCCUUCCGUCGCCCGACCGCCACCUGGCCUGGAGUACGAUCUAGACGAAGACCAGGACUCGCCUAACAGUCGACGCCCGAUCGAGCUCGGUGUGCUCAAGUCUUUCGAGUUCGUCUCGCAGCUUCGACGAGCAAGCGUGGUUGUGCGCCAAUUCGGCGAGAAGAGCGCCGAUGUCUACGUCAAGGGCGCGCCCGAAGCCAUGAAAGACAUCUGCAAGCCGGAGAGCUUCCCAGCGGACUACGACGACUUACUAGCGUACUACACCCACCGCGGCUUCCGAGUUAUCGCUUGCGCAUCCAAGCAUAUCUUCAAGCUGAACUGGCUGAAGGUGCAGAAGAUGAAGCGUGAGGAAGCUGAGAGCAACCUGGAUUUCGUCGGCUUCAUCAUCUUCGAGAACAAACUGAAGCCUACAACGGAGGGCAUCAUUAGGGAGCUGCGGGAUGCUGAUAUCCGCACUGUGAUGUGCACCGGCGACAACAUCCUCACUGCUAUCUCGGUGGCCAGAGAGUGUGGGCUGAUUGACAGGAAUGCACACUGCUUCGUACCGCACUUCGAGGAGGGAGAUGCGCACACACCAUUAGCCAAGCUGACUUGGGAAAGUGUCGACAACCCAGUGUAUCAGCUGGACGAGCACACACUCAAGCCGCUGCCGCCGCCAGCAGAGCACGACUCGAGCUUACCGUACGACGUCUCGAACCUGCGCAACUACUCGAUAGCUGUUACAGGAGACGUCUUCCGCUGGCUGGUCGACUUCGCAAACCCCAAGCUUCUCCAGCAAAUGCUUGUCCUAGGCCAGGUGUUCGCCCGCAUGAGCCCAGACGAGAAGCACGAGAUGAUUGAAAAGCUGCAAAGCAUCGACUACUGUGCCGGCUUCUGCGGCGACGGUGCCAACGACUGCGGUGCCCUCAAAGCUGCAGACGUGGGCAUCAGUCUUUCGGAAGCCGAAGCCAGCGUCGCCGCCCCCUUCACCAGCCGCGUCUUCGACAUCAGCUGUGUUCCUUCAGUCAUCCGCGAAGGCCGCGCAGCACUCGUCACAAGUUUCAGCUGCUUCAAGUACAUGUCGCUCUACUCCGCCAUCCAGUUCACCAGCGUCAGCUUCCUCUACGCCUCCGCCUCGAACCUCGGCGACUUCCAGUUCCUCUACAUCGAUCUCCUGCUCAUCCUCCCCAUUGCCAUCUUCAUGGGCUGGACAGGCCCGUACCGCGAACUCUCCCGCAAACGACCGACCGCCAGCCUCGUCAGUCGAAAAGUCCUCACUCCCUUGCUGGGUCAGAUCGCCAUCUGCAUCGUCGUGCAGCUCGUCGGCUGGGAAGCAGUGCGCAAGCAACCCUGGUACCAGCCACCCGUCAUCGACCGCGAUCACUCCAACUCGCACAACUCGGAGAACACGACGUUGUUCCUACUCAGCUGCUACCAGUACAUUCUCAGCGCCAUCGUGCUCUCCGUCGGCCCGCCGUUCAGGCAGAGCAUGCGGCACAACCUUCCCUUCGUCAUCACCAUGUUCGUGGCGCUGGCGAUCAGCAGUUAUAUGCUGUUCGACCCCGCGCCAUGGCUGUACAAGCUGAUGGAGCUGACGUACUUGAGCUCGGUGUUCAAGAUCUUCAUCCUCGUGCUGGGAAUCGGUGGAUUCUGCUGCAUGUACCUGUCCGAGCGGCUGUUGUUCCCGCGGCUGGCGAAGGCGAUUGGGAAGGGGUAUGUUAGGGUGAGUGGGAAGGUGAAGAAGAGGAAGGAGUACAAGGAGAUUAUAGAGAAGAUGCGGAUAUAA